CAGCGGAGAUCGAAGUCCCGCUUAUCGUUCUUUAUUUAUUUCGUGUAAUUAGAACGAUGUAUAUUUAGUACGUGUGUUAAUAUUGUACGAUAUUCUUAUGUGCAAAAUUACAUCAUGCGAAAAGAUCGUAGUCGAGCAUUAAUUGACGUAUCUAGACUUAUUUUUGCCAGUAGUGAGAUUAUAAAUAUUACACAACGGAAUCUACAAGUAUUUAACAAAGUUCACAAGAGAUCAGGAAUAUUGCUACAAAAUAUUAUUUGCCGUUUGAAUCACGACUCCGAGGAAUAUCUAUCUGAAGAAGAUGAGAAGAAGCAAAACGCAUAUGUCAAAAUCAUCAGUCAUUAUUUAGGCAUUGCAGUUGGUGGACACAGGACGUUUAUUUUACAACCCUAUAUAAAAUGGGGUAGAGAUAAAAAGAGAAACACUUCGCCAGAACUACAAAUGGCUGAAGCUGUAGCACUAAUAAAUACUCUACCUAAUUGGUGUGUAGUUGGAACAAAGUACUCCCCAUUACUUACAUUACAGAGGAAGCAUCUGCUGGGAACCGGCGCGAUUGAGAAUCUAAAGAAGGACUUAAGACAAUGUCCAAACCCCACUGCCAUAUUUAUUAGCACUAAUCAGUUGAAAUUUGUCCAAAUCAGCGAACUGGAAAAGAUCUUUGGUCUACCAGUAUAUGAUCGUUAUUCUAUAGUCAUUCACAUAUUUCGUGAACAUGCGAAGACUGCAGAGGCAAGGCUGCAGGUAGCCAUAGCGGAGAUACCGUACAUUCGGAAAAAGAUAUUUGAAACGUGCAUUACUCGCAGUGGCGCGAUAAACGUGACGGAGGAGACAAAAUUGUUACUCGACAGCAAAGAGAAGAAAUUGAAAAACGAAUUGAAGAAACUGCAGCAGCAUCGACGAAUAAUCAGGAGUCACCGUAAGAAGCACGGCUUCUCCACGGUCGCUGUAGUCGGUUACACAAACGCAGGAAAAACUUCCUUAAUAAAAGCGCUCACGGAUGACAAUUCUCUUCAACCUAGAGACAAAUUAUUCGCAACCCUUGACACAACCGCGCAUCAAGGCAUUUUACCCAACAGGUUAAAAAUUUUGUACAUGGAUACUAUCGGAUUUAUUCAAGAUGUGCCGGAAACUCUGAUUGAACCAUUCAUUGUGACUCUAGAGGAUGCCAUGAUCGCUGACGUAAUAGUUCACAUAUACGAUGUCAGUCAUCCUGAUAUGAAGGCGCAAUAUCAGCACGUCCAACAGACGAUAAAACCCAUGUUGGAUGCUCGUCCAAUAAUCGACGUCGCCAAUAAGUGCGAUCUUGUUCAAAGCGACUGCAUACCCAAGGAUGCAAUUGCUGUCUCCGCUAAAGAUCUGACAGGAAUCGAUUUGUUGCGCUUGAAGAUACAGGAGAUCCUUUUAGCUUCGACUGGAUUAUUAAGCAUACGUGUAAGGGUAAAAGCAGGCAGUUCUGCGGCCAGCUGGUUGUAUAAAAUGACGACAGUGACGAACACUGAAUCAGAUCCGAACGACGUUCAGUAUUUAAUUAUGGAAGUGAUUGCCACUGCGGUCGACAUUCAAAAGUUCAAGAAAUUUUUAAAAGAAUAA